UUAUUAUUUUAGUAAAGAAGAAAAAGUGGUGGACAAAAAUAUUUUACAGUGAAAUAGUGGAAUUUUUAAUUAAAAGUUUAAUAGUUUAUUAACUAAAAUAUUAUAUUUUAAUAACUUCAAAUAGUGUUUAACAUUCCGUGUAAAAAAAGAUGGCUGCAAAGUUUUAUUAUUUUGGCUAUGGCAGCAAUAUGUUGGCCAAACGUAUACACAUACAAAAUCCAGCGGCUCAACGUGUGGGAGUCGGAAAACUGCAGGACUACCGCUUAGAUUUCCACACGGCUUCCUCUAACUGGCUUGGAGCUCCGGCUACUAUUGUACCCUCUUUGGGAGAUGUAGUUUUUGGUGCUAUAUGGGAAAUAGAUAGUUGUCAUAUUAAGGAUUUGGACAACCAAGAAGGCGUUCAUGAAAAUCUCUACAGUCCCAUGACUUUGGCGGUUUAUUGUGUAAAUUUGGAUAAACAUAUAGACUGCCGUUCUUAUCAUUUGGUUAAUCAACCUUCUACUCAUUUGAAAACUCUAACUGCCGAUGUCAUUCCUGUUUGUAGACAACCCUCUAAGACUUAUUUAAAGACUUUGAUAAAAGGUGCUUUGGAAACUGGCAUACCCUCGGACUAUAUUGUGUGGCUGAAGAGUGUCCAUCAUAAUUGUAAAACUGUGGAGAAAUUUGAAGAACAUUUGGAAUUGCAUACAGUGGAAUUAUGAUGUUGGUACUAGAGGCAAAUGAUUGUAAACCCAGAGUUGUGAAAUUAUAAUAAAGUUUUAAGCAUUUAUUUAUGCAAAGG